CCAGUUGUGACUCGAGAGGUGGUGACUUAAAGUUAAAUUUGAGGCGUGAAGAUCAUCGUUGUGGCUUGAGUUCGGCAUGGCUUGUUCUCGGGAAAAUUCCUUAGGGAAUUGUUUAAGGAGCAUUUAUCCGGUUUCCGGCAGUAAAAGCUUGCAGGACAGUUGUUAAGGUACCGCAGUUCGGAUGGCAACUUCCGCGUUUGAUUCUGUAGAAAACAGCUUUUGCGGAGUUGAGGACAAGCUGAGUUCGACGAACAGAAGCUGCGGAAGCAUCGAAGAAGAAAGAGCUCAAAUCCCAGUUUCAGAAGCGGAAGAUUGGGGAGAGUCCAGGGACAUCAGCUUAUUUUCGGGUUACGGAUUUCAUGGCAGUGACAUGAUGAAGAAGCAAGCCCCUUUUUCUGAGGAUCAGCAGCAAGAGCAGCUACAGCAAUCGUUUUCGGAAUAUGGGCUCCUCGAUAAUCUGCGAAACGAUAUUGCCUCUCCUCCUAUCCAGACUUGUCUAGACGAGAUCGCUAAGUUCAGCAGAAUCUCUACGGAGCUGCAAGAUAUCAUUGAGGCAAAGAAGGACAUUUCUUCACCGCCACUCGAGCUUCUGAGGAACUAUCGGAGCGUGUUUAAACGACUGAGUGGGGAUGGGGUGCUCAAUCCGCACACCGAGAGCAAAAAGGCAGAGCUGUCGACUUCUGAAACCAUGAGGAUUGCCAGCGCCAGAUUUAUCCAGUCAUCUUCCGGGGCAGCCGAUGAUCUUGAGCUACUAGGCCAUCCUUAUGAUUAUUACUUCUCUUGCUUCUCGGAAGAUGAAAUAAGGAACGUGCAACUUGCCGAGAUCCUUCUAGCUGCUGCUGAGAAAGUCGGAUGUCAGCAGUUUGAUGCAGCGCGUCAAUUGCUUGACCGGUGUGAUGAGUUGUGUUGCAGCACAGGAAAUCCGGUGGAACGGGUCGUAUACUAUUUUUCUGAAGCCCUUAGAGAGAAGAUCGAUCGGGAAACCGGGAGAGUCAGCAUAAAGGGCCUGGGAAAUAGGAUGAACUUCGAUCUAGAUGAAGAUAUGAUGCGGCCGAGCACUCCGCGCAUCGUGAAUCACCAACUAGUCCCAUUCUCUCAGAUCCUACAGUUCUCCGCAAUACAAACCAUCGUGGAGAACGUGGCAGAGGCUAAGAAAGUUCAUGUGGUUGACUUCGGGAUAUGGAGCGGCGUCCAGUGGAUGGUCCUAAUGCAAGCCCUUGUGGCUCGACGCGAAUGCUCCCUAGAGCUGUUGAAGAUAACGGCGAUAGGUACUUGUUUGCAGCAAGUGAUCGAGGACACAGGUAAAAGACUGGAGACUUUUGCACAACUGUUCAACGUGCCGUUUUCUUUCAAAAUAAUCAUGUUGCAGGACAUCUUAGAACUCAAGGAAGAUCUUUUCGAUCUGGACGAGGAAGAAUCCAUUGUUGUCUAUGCUCGGUUCCUCCUUAAAACGAUGAUUUCUCGGCCUGAGAGGCUCGAGUCCGCCAUGAAAGUGAUGAAAAAGCUAAACCCAUGUGUGAUGGUGGUUAUCGAAGUCGAGUCAAACCACAACUCACCGGCUUUCACAAAUCGGUUCCCUGAAGUGCUUUUCUACUAUAGCGCAUACUUUGAUUGUCUGAAAGAGUGUCUGGAACGAGAUGAAGAGAACAGAAAAAUUCUCGAAUCUGUGUACUUUGGACAUGGAAUUAGGACCAUGCUGGCUGCCGAAGGAGAGGAAAGGAAUAUUCGGCACGUAAAAAUCGAUGUCUGGAGGGCAUUCUUCAGUCGGUUUGGAAUGGUCGAGGUAGAUUUGGGCAUGGCGUCGCUAUAUCAAGCAGAUUUGAUGGUAAAGCAAUUUCCUUGUGGAAGUUCUUGCACGCUUGACAUGAAUGGAAAAUGCCUUAUUAUUGGGUGGAAAGGCACGCCUAUUCAUUCUAUUUCCGCUUGGCGAUUCGAGUAACAAGUGUUUACAGGAGUGCGAUCGCACACUUGCUCUGUACUUGUUUGCUGUAGCUUAAUCUUGUGGCAAACUCUUGUUAAAAUCUUUGCUUAUAUUCGUCCAUGCGUCCAGUGAACUUGUCUCGUUUUGAAUGAUCAGAAUGUUCGCUAGGCUGUUUUUACUCUACUGGAAUGCGAUAAGAGAGCUUCUUGUGUUA